GCACACGGAGAAACGGUGUGUCUAACAGAGACUGAAGCACACGGAGAAACAGUGUGUUUAACAGGAAGUGGUGAUUUAGUAAACAUGAGUGUUGUGCUGCUCUCGUUGGUGAAGCAGCGACUCACUGCGGCUGCUGAAGACAUCUUUGUUCUGUUUGAAAGAAGGAUAGCAGAGUACGAGGAUGAACUGUCUCGUUCAAAACAGGAGAACGAGAGACACCGGAAACUACUGGACGCUGUUUUACAGCCUCAGCUUCAGAUCCACAGAGCAGACGUCCAGCAGCUGGUGGUGGUUAAAGAAGAGGUUCCCCCUGAGCAGCAGAAGUGGAGCUCCAGUCUGGACCAGGAGGACCCAGAGACCCCCCCACACAUUAAAGAGGAACAGGAGGAACUCUGGAGCAGUCAGGAGGGAGAGCAGCUUCAAGGGCUGGAGGAGGCUGAUAACAACAAGUCCACAUUCACUUCUGUCCCUGUGAAGAGUGAAGAUGAUGAAGAGAAACCUCAGUCCUCUCAGCUUCAUCAAAGACAAACUGAACACCUGGAAACAGAAGCUGAUGGAGAGGACUGUGGAGGACCAGAACCAGCCAGGAACUCAGAUCCAGAGAGACAUUUACAACCAGAGACUGAGGACAACCCUGGAGACUCUUCUGAACCUGACACUGAAGACAGGGCUGAUUGGAAGAAGACCAGAGAACCAGGUUCAAACUCUCAGAGAAAUAAACAAGACCCUGUCAGUGAUUCAACACGUAGUGCAGGAGAGAAAAAAUGUGGCUGCUCUUUGUGUGAGAAAACGUUUACACACAGAGGAAAUUUAAAUCGGCACAUGAGAAUCCACACAGGAGAGAAAACAUUUGGCUGCUCAAUUUGUGAGAAAUCUUUUGCACAGAGAGGAGAUUUAAAGAAACACAUGAGAAUCCACAUAGGAGAGAAACCAUUCAUCUGCUCAAUUUGUGAGAAAUCUUUUGCACAGAGAGGAGAUUUAAAGAAACACAUGAGAGUCCACACAGGAGAGAAACCAUUCAGCUGCUCAAUUUGUAAGAGAUGUUUUGCAGGGAUUGGAGAUUUAAAGAAACACAUGAGAAUCCACACAGGAGAGAAACCAUACAGCUGCAGUGUUUGUGACAAAAGAUUCAACCGGAGUCAUCAUAUCAAAUACCAUAAGUGUGUUGGUCGUCAGUCCUCACAGCUUCAUCAAACUCAAACUGAGGAGAACAGAGAGGCAGAGCCUCCAGCCAGCAGCUCAGCUGAACACAUGGAAACAGAAGCUGAUGGAGAGGACUGUGGAGGACCAGAACCAGCCAGGAACUCAGAUCUAGAGUGUUAGAGCCAUUUUCCUUUUGUUAUUAUUGUCUGAAUGUUACGCUUAAUAAUAAUAUAAAUUAGAUUAAACUCUCACUUAUCAGGUAUUGUUGUGAGUCACACUAUGGUUUAAAAUGUAUUAAUUUAAGGCUCACUUAUUUGUUAUGAUAUGUGCGUCAGUCUCACGUGCAUGGGUAUAUGCCUAUAUAUGGUAGGUUGAUGGACACAGCUGAUGGUGAUGAGACGGGGAAGGGGAAAAGUCUUUUGACCGUGUUCUUUAUGUUCUUUUUGAGACGGAUAACUUUAUUUUACCAUGAAGCGAAGAAAUGUGCUCCUGUUUGUAUGUCGUCUGGACCAUUGAAUAAAGCUCAUCUAAUUCAACAACGAUCUAAGUGUAAUACGUCUUACCUUUGCUGUUUUCUGAUCAAAAGUUCUGUUCAAU